AAAUGCAGAGAUUUGUCGCAAAACAAUCUAGAUGAGGUUCCUUCCUGUGUGCUGAAUAAAAGUGCAAGUAUUUCUAAUCUGUAAGUACUCUAACAUUUUUGUUAGAAGUCCACGUGAGAAUAGUGAAACAUGCUUUCUGAAUAGGUGUCUAUUUCAUUUUAGUUAGAUUCAGUUAGAUUGCUUUUUAGUAUUUGUCUAGCCGUAGACAGUUUCGACUUCUAUUUAUUGUUACCUUGUACGUAAUUUUAUGUUUAUUCAAAACCUUCAAUAAAGAUCUUUAUUAUUAAAUUAAUAAUUAUUUUUAUGAUUGAAAUUAGUGAUGGGACAGCAAAAGAAACAUCACGUUAAUUUCGAACUCUUCCUUUACCUUUGAGUCUGUGAGACAGUAGUGAAGCAUUGUGAAUUCAUUGCUGUCUCCUCCCGCAAAUAAUCUUACGAGUGCUUAUUUAGGCAGAAUUUCAGUCUUUUCCAAAGUGACCAACACGUAUUAUGUUAUUGCUACGAAAUCAGACAUAACCUGUUUUUGCUUUAAUCUAGGUCACUUUCAGGAAACAAAAUUAACAAGAUAGAAGAAGGAUCCUUUCCAGAACUACCCCAGCUUUUGUACCUGUAAGUGUUUGUUUGAACAAAAAGACUAAUCGUGAUUUUUUGUUUCUUUAUAUAACGUAUUCUAUCCUAACUUUCUAUGUGAACCUUUCAAUGUUCGCAAGUACCUGGUUCUUUCUAAAAUCCGAUAAAUACAGUUAACAAAUAAUGUUUGAUUAUUUUCAGAGAUCUUUGCUACAACAGACUGCUGCAAUGGAGAGGGGACAUCUCCACCGUCCUUCCCUCGCUUGAAUCUGUAAACUUCACUGGGAACCAGUUCUUCCUCCCCGACAAAAAUCUUCUCAGACUUGACAGCCUUCUACACAUAUACGGUAUCGUAUGGAGCACUGCAUGCGGCGAAUGUUAUUUAAUCAGAACCGAAUUACUAAAAAGCUUUAAUGACAGUGAAUCACCGUGCAUAUUAGACGAUGAGUACUAUUCAUUCGCGGACGAGAUCAAAUAUGGAAAGUCAUUAUUAUUCGUGAGAGAGGGCUUCUCUCCUCAGUGCUUAUGUGAACAUAAAGACUGUGACAUGACAGAAAUGGACAUCCCUUAUAAUAUGGCACUCAACACACUUCCGAGGAAGCUCUUUUACGUCGAGUACGUCUUAGGUAGCACUGCAGUGGUUUUGAAUUUUGUCGUGGUUUUCAUUACGUUAGGAUCCCAGUCAAUGCGUCAGAGUACGUCGUUCGUUUUAAUUGGCAAUAUUGGAUUGUGCGAUAUCUUGAUGGGUAUAUACUCGAUCCUAAUUGGCCGCUUUACCGUAUACGAAUUUAUAGUAAAUGAGAGCCACUAUCCCGAUACUGACACCUUCGUGAACAAGUACUGCACUAUCAUGGGUGUUAUCUUCACUGGGGCCCAAAUAACUUCUGUGUCAACGUCGUUCUUAGCUACUCUUGAGCGUUAUCUAUACAUAGUUCAUUGCAUGAAUCCGCAAGCAAGGUUAAGGAAAACAACUGCAUUGUGGUGCUUGGUAGCAAUUUGGUCCGCCGCGAUUGCCUUCUCACUAUUGCCAGUUUUUCAAGUUGGUGGUUUGAGAUACCAUGGAGAGUUUACUUGUAUGAUGUCAUUUAUAAACGGACCUGACGCCACCGACACUUCCAUGACAGGGUUUGCUGUAGCCUCAUUGCUAGUCCUUUUCUACCUCGUCAGUUUUGCUAUGUACUUUCACAUUUUCUUGCACGUCAGGAAAGCGGGAAUUAGUGCUGGCGUGAAAAGAAAAGCUUCCUUGGCCAAGAACAUUUUGAAGAUGGUGCUAACUAACUUUCUUUUUUUCGAUAUUCCAAUGGUUUGCACGUUACUUUUUGUAUAUAAAGAAAAGGACCUUAUGGAGGCGUUUAACGUUGAUUCAUUGACAAAACUGCGGAUAUAUUUUAUCAUGUUGUCUUGGCUCCCUGUGGUAUUUCUAAGUGUCAACUCGUGCUUAAACCCUUUCUUGUGCGCUUUUAGACAUCCCAAAUUCCGGGGGGAGUUGCAUGCUUUUAUUAACAGGUGCAAGUGCAACUGCUUUAAAACAUCGCGCAAUGAACUUUUUGAGGCUUGGACGCUUACGGUAAACAAAAGGGUAGAUCUUAAUUGCACAGACGCCAUUGUCAGGGAGGAAAAUUUUAUAGACAGAUAUAGGUCAUUGGGUACUUUGACUUCCAAACUUUAA